AUGGCGGGUAAGGCAAAUACAGCGACGACUCCAACCACUCAACAAUCUCACACCCAUGGCUUUUAUCUCAACAAGUUGCCACCACUCUUCAUCCUCCCAACACACCUUCAGCCAGAGGAGGUGUGUGCGAUCGAAGAGCGGGUCUGCAAAUUUGGAGGUAGGUUGACUUUGGACGCAACAGAAGCGCGCCUGUUCUUGGGUAGGCUUGCUCAGAAAAAACGUGCGGCUUUCGAUCUUCGCGCGAGAGAUGUCUGGACGGAGGAGGCCAUCUUGCCGACGUGGAGAGCUGCUGGCGGCAGCGGUGGUGGUAGUAGUGAUGCUCAACGAAGCAGCAGCAGCAGCGAACCUGUACGGAAAAGGCGAAAGGUCAGUGCGAGCACUGCGGUAGAGGAGGGAGCUCUCAGCUUGACAGCUUCAGAGUCAGAGGCCGACUCUGGCCCUGCAGAGGACGGUGACGAGAACGUUACCGACGUGACCAAGAAUUACUGGCCAGAUCUCACCGAGUUCAUUGUCGUUCUCAAGCUCGCAUGGUUGGACGCGUGUAUUAAGAAAGACACACUCGUCCCCUUCCAGCCAUAUACGAUCUACGCGGCGAAGAUAGUUCCCAAACCCUCUUCCAGUCAGACGAGUCCGAAAGCACUUGCAAGCGAAGGUAUAACGUACAUCAAAGCAACACCAGAACAACCCUCUCCAUCUGCCUCAGCGUUGUCCAGCCCGUCGAGACUCAGGACGACCACCACCACGGCUGCACCGACCACGAUUCUCGAGCGCGCCAGACUCGAAGCAGAAUCAUCGGGUCAGGCACAAGCAUCAACGUCGUCCACUACAGCAUAUCCAGGGCGCCGCCGUUUCGGCGACCACCGUAGCCAGCCAUACCAGAAAUCCAGCUCUCCGGUCUCACCACGCUCACAGAGACCCAAACUGCACCGAACGACGACCUCCGAGCUGGAAGAACUAGCCGACCACCCACUGCCUCCCCUGCCAGACUGGGCAACUGGGCCCUACGCAUCCUACGCGUGCUGCCGCUCAACACCAAUGAACACACCGAACGCCGCGUUCAUCGCCCAACUAAUCAAGAUCCGGGACUCUCGAAUCCUCACCCUCGAUGAGAUCGGCGUGCGAGCGUACUCGACCUCCAUCGCCAGCGUGUCCGCAUACCCCCACAUCAUCACGCACUACUCAGAGCUCACGCGCCUACCGGGCUGCCAGGAGAAGAUCGCACGGCUGUGGGACGAAUGGCAACAUUCCGCGUCGAGCGACUCGGAGCGCCACAUCGCGACGGUGCAGCAGCUCGACGCCGACGAGGACCUGGCCGUGCUGCGCCUGUUCUGGAACAUCUGGGGCGUGGGCGCAGACACAGCCCGCAAGUUCUACUUCGAGCACGGCUGGAAGGACCUCGACGACGUCGUCGAGUUCGGGUGGGCCGCGCUGACCCGCGUUCAACAGAUCGGCGUGAAAUUCUACGAGGAGUUUCUGGUCCCGAUCCCGCGGGCGGAAGUCGAGGAGAUCAACGAGGUGAUUCUACGGCACGCGCGGCGCGUGUUAGGCGUGACGAACGGCGAGCACGGCACACCGCGCGACGUCGAGGCCGUGAUUGUCGGCGGGUACCGGCGCGGGAAGGAGCAGUGCGGCGACGUGGACGUGAUCCUGUCGCACCGCGACGAGGCCAAGACGAAGGACCUCGUCGUCGAGGUCGUGCGCUCCCUCGAGGCCGAGGGCUGGGUCACGCACACGCUCUCUCUGCACACGACGACCAGCGACCGCGGGCAGGCGACGCUCCCGUUCCGCGCGCAGGGCCACAAAGGCCACGGCUUCGACUCCCUCGACAAGGCGCUGUGUGUCUGGCAGGACCCCAACUUAGGGCCCGAGACCACUUCCGAGGGGGCUUCUUCUUCAGCUGUUGCUGGUGGCGCUGGGCAGAAAAACCCCAACAUCCACCGCCGCGUCGACAUCAUCGUCUCGACCUGGCGCACCGUCGGCUGCGCCGUGCUUGGCUGGAGCGGCGGCACCACCUUCCAGCGCGACAUCCGGAGGUUCGUCAAUAAAGUCCACGGCUGGAAGUUCGAUUCCUCCGGUGUGCGGGACCGCGGCUCCGGGAGGGUGCUGGACCUCGAGGCGCCGAGGGCGAGGAAGCACGAGAAGGGUGACGAUGAAGGGGUCAUGAUGGAUGACGCCGAUACGUGGAUGGACCGCGAAAGGAGGCUCAUGGAGGGCUUAGGCAUUGGCUUUCGCCCACCGAGUCAGCGGUGUACCGGCUGA